GAGAGCUAACCUCGCCUCGCCUCCCCUCCCCUCCCCUUCCCUUCCCUUUUGCUUCUCUCUCUUCUCCAUCUUCCUUCCUUCCGCUAGAUUUCUAGAGAGAGAAACACCAAUUUCAGAGAGAGAGAGAGAGAGAGAGAGAGUAUGUCGAAGAAGAAGGUUUCGGGAAGCUCAACCACCAUGACGCUCAAGGACUUCCAUGGCGGUUCCAUACCAUCUGAUCUGCCUCUCCCUUCUGCUCCUGGAUUAAUCGUGAAGCCUUCAGACCGUCCCAGUUUCGAUCGCCAAGGGUCCUGGGGAAACCCUAAUUCAAGAUCCGAUCAUAGGUUGCGACCUGGGUCUGCUGGGGCAGUGAGAAACUUUGAUGAUAAGACCCCGUUUUUGAGCCCUAGUGCUCACAUUGGCCGGAAUUUUGAUGAGGAUGAGCGUAAACCUUUAGAUGGUGUGUCGGGUCCGCGUAGAAUGGUUAGUGAUGAGAGCAUUCGUGCAUUGCCUAUACGUACGGAGGUUAAACCCGUUUAUUCAUCCACUGGGAGAUUGCCCACUCAACAGAUUUCAUCUCCGGCAUCUCAAUUGUCUAGUGGUAGUGUGAGUUCAUAUGCUGGGAGGGUCGCUGAAACAACUAAUUUGGGAGGAAACUCUCAAAACUUUGGUGGAAACACUUCUUACUCGGCAAAAUUUUCUGAUGCAGCUAAUGUGGGUGUGAAUUUUUCACACACGGGUGGGAAUAGUGGGCAGGCUGUUUCUGGGAUGCAUCCAAAUGCGUGGGCAAUAAGGAAGGAGGCUGUGAGUACCACCGAGUCAUUGAAUACCAUGUGGUCUGGUCCGAAUGCUGCCUCUAAGCUAGCUCAUGCCAGUGCGCUUGAAAAGGUCUCUUCGGGGAGAUGGCAAUCUAAGCAAUCGAUCCAUCAUCCUCCAACGGAUGUUGAGGUCAUUAGACAUGCUGCAGUUGAGAGUGAAUUCCACUCCAAGGGUCAUUUGUACAACAAGAGCAGCUACCAUCCAAUGGAUGUGGCAGAUAGAGUGGAAUAUGAUGAUGCAAUGUUGGUAAGACAUGCUGAAAGGAGUUUGACUCUUGAUCAUGGGAUUCGAGGUGGUGGCAAGGAGCUGCCAACCUAUGAGCGAGCCAGGUCUCCUAUAUUCCCGGAAACAGUAGAGCGUAACACUCCUAGUUAUGUCGAGGGGGUUCACCCGGCUCGUAGUAAUGGCAAAUUCAGUGGGUCGGAGUUGCAAUCACCAGUGCCUUUAGAACAAGCAGAGCGUCCCAAGUUAAAACUACUUCCAAGAUCCAAGCCAUUGGAGGGUUUGGAACCACCUGUUGAUUACAAAAAGGGAUACCAGCAGACACACAAUUCUGAUCAUCUGGAAAAUGUUACUGAAUCCUAUGGAAAUGCAAAUCAUGCAAACACUGUGUUACCUGGAUCGGACAGUGGGAAUCGGGCAGUUGAACGCCCAAAACUGAAUUUAAAGCCGCGGUCUCAGCCUCUUGAACAAUCUCAAGGAAACAGUAAAAAUGAAAGAACCACUGUUUUUGGUGGUGCUCAACCUGCCAAUAGGGUCAAACAAGAUGUUCCGAGAACUGAAACAGUGCCAACACAUUCAACUCCUACGCGCUACAACGAAAAAGCUGAGAAUAAUCUCCUUGAUUAUAGGAUCAGAAAGAACAAUGAUAGGCGGGAUAACCAUGUCGACAUCGAGAGGACUGAUAUGCAGAGGAAGAACUGGCGAAGUGAUAAUUGGAGGAACAACAGGGAAACCGAGAAGCACCACCAUCACCACCAGCAGCUGCCACAGGAGAGGCCUUCUUCACCGGAGACAUGGCGCAAGCCAGCUGAGCAGCCAAAACCCUCCUCUCCCGAUAAUCCCAGUUUGCGUUAUGGGAAAGCAGCUUCGGCAGUUGAGCUGGCCCAGGCUUUCUCAAGAUCAGUAUCAGAUCCGAAAACAGCUAAAUAACGGAGCGGCUCAUUCCUGGCCGGGCCCAGAUACCUUUCUCUCGGCUGAUGGAUCCAACCUCGAGGCCUCAGAUUAAUGGUUACUAAUUUUUCAAAGUUAGACCAUCACUUGUGGGUUCAGUUGGUAGAAGUGAUGAGACAGUGAAAGAACUUGGGAUCAUCGAUCUCUUCCUUGAAGAUUGAGAUGAGUUGAUGUGGGUUGAUGGUGUGAAAACACAUGCUGAUGUGAUGAUGAGUGCAGGCACUUGAUUGUGUUUUGUUUUCUCCUGUAACGUAAUAUCAAAAUUUGGCGGUGAUUUGCCAGAUCGGGUGUUGCAUUCCCCCAAAUCUGAUGGCUACCCCUCCUCCACCAAGAAAAAGAUAAUAAAAAUAAAUAAAUACCCAUUUGUAUGUUUAACCAUCAGUAAUUGCCAUUAGAAAUUUCUCAUAUUCAUGAAGAGAUAAAAAGCCUAAUCGGCGUUUGCUUGCUGAAUUUUAAAACUGAGGCCUUGGUUAAGGUUUUUAUGAGAUUUUUGGCUGUUGUCUUCUCA